AUGGAAAAUGCAGAAGGCGCUGUCGAGGAGGUCAUGCAGGGCCUCGAGAAAGACUGGAAGUCUGUGACAGAGCAGGAUGUACUUUGCAAGAUCAACACGGAGAACUUGGAUUUCAGCAGAGAUCAAGAGCACAAGCUCGUCAACGCGCUGCCUCGCAUCCGAGAACUGCAGCGGCUCCUGAACUCAGGGGCUCUAGGCAGCCUGUCGCAGGUCGGGGAUCCUGUCUGCAUGGCCCGCGUCCCGCGAACGCUUGACAUCGACUUCGGGGCUCACGCGCGGAAGCUGAAGGAUGUUUCGAGUGCAGAUCGGGUGACAGCUUUGUACGAUGCUGAGGAGGCGAUCUUAGCGGCGUGGAAUGCUACAAAUCUGUCACGACAGCGGCUUCUAGAACUGCACGACCUGAUGACUUCCUACGUUUCCGUGUCCGAUCGAGCAUAUUCUGGUGACCCCGAGGGUCAAAGCCGACGGGUGCUGAUGGCAACUGCCAUGGCUUUGAUCGCGGACCGCGAAGCUUGCAAGGAGUUCCCCCUUCUAGAAGAGUAUCAAGUGGGCAUUGACAUGAGCAUGCUUGAGGUACUGCUUGUGCCGCACUUAUGGCAGAAAAUUCUGCUGCGGGACAUGGAGUCACAUGUCAGAAGCCGCGAUUCUGUUGCACUGCGCCCCAGCACACUGACCCCAGCAGCAUCCCAGACGUCUUUUGCCGUCAGAUUCGCAGAACAAUCGAGUGACAUGGAGAAAGUCCGGGAGGAGAUUCUCCAAAAGUGUUCAAAGAAUCAGCAGCAGAAGACUAAGGAGGUCAAGGAGAAGCAACAUCAGUUUGACAGCUUGCGCAAGCAGGCUGCCAAGCACGAAGCUUCUUCGAAAUCUCUUCUUUGCAAGUGCAGCGACAGUAUGCCCGGUGCUUCGCCUUGCGAAAGAUGCAAGCUUGCAAAGAAAGCCGGUGCUUUGUGUUCUCAGGCCGGCCAAAUCAAGGUGGAUUUCUACGAGAAGUUGCUUCCGGAAAGGCUUCAUGAACAGCGUGCCGUGGUGUAUGAGCUGCGGCAGCCACGCGUGCUAGCUCUCCAGAGGGACUUGAAGCUGCUUGUGGCUCGGGACCUUGCUGUUGAAAACUUUCACAGCAACCAGCCGGUGAUGGGCUUCUGGAGGGAUGAUCCUUGCCUGUCGGAGUGGCAAAGUUGUAACGCAACGUUCUCGCUUGCUUCGACGACGAAGAAGUUCUGCCAAUCACAUUACAGAAGCUUGCAGGUUUCCAAGCACGAUACCUUCGUCGUCCCGCAUGGAUACAACCUUGCGUUGGGAGACAGACGCCGCAACCGAACCAUCACUUCAAAACUGCAUUGGGAUGUCGCGGAGCUAACUAAGGCAAAGCCAGACGACGUCAGGUACGAUGCGCUAAGCGAGCAAGUUGCCUCAUGGAAGACAGAUGAAAACAUGGGAAUUGCUAAGCAGUCUGAAGCACAUCCAGACCUGAGUUUGUUAGAGUUCCUCACUUACUCUGCUCUGCGAAGUGGCAUUCAUCUUCAGCUGCCGCGUUUGGCUGACGCGAUUGCGCAGCACAUCUUGUCCUUUGACCGCACAGGCGUCCUCAACCUAUUGAAAGCCUUGCUGUGGCAAGCAGGUCCCCCGGCUGAUGAUUCGGACCCCAGGUUGCAGGCGCUGAGGAAUGCUCGCCGAGUACUCUUGCAAGAGGACUUUGCGAUGGUGUUGUGCAAUCAAUUCUCGGGUCUACUGAGCAGAGCGGCACAGAGUCGAGAGUUGCUGUGCAUUGUGCAUGUCGCCAGAUGUCUCGUGGAACACUCUGCUCUGCGAGCUGCUGAAGCAGCGGCUGGCCUGCUGGUCGGCGCCCGGAAGCAAGGCCUCGAAUGGCUGCAAGAAGAGACACAGCUUCUGAGGGAGAGCAGUGGUAGUGGCAAUGCAAGUGAGAUAGAAGAUCGGCGCAACAAGAUCGUUGACAUUGCAGCAGCAUGUGCGUUGACGUUUUUGCCUUCUUCAACGGAGCCAGCGCUGCCGGAGCUCAUGAUCAGCAAGGCUUCCUUGUCUGAUUGGCUUCACUUCCGGGCUGUCUGCCACGACAAUAUUUUGCUGGGAUGCCGGCAACAAGAGCUUGUCGACCCAGAACGAUGGUGCCUCCUACAGCAAGCCAUGCGCCAGGCCUUAAGCAUCGAAGAAGAUAUUCACAGCAUCGGCCCAUCACCUCAGCUGACAGCCUUUGUGAAGUCUCAUUGGAGUGGCGGUCGAGACGGCACUUACGAUGAUUGGCAGAGAUGUGAGAUGCCUGCUGGGUGUUGGUACAGAAGUCGGUUUGACAGUGAUGGCCACAGCUGUGUGCUGCAUGUCCAUGUCCUUGAUGGCUCCUUCCUUGUUGACGGACAGCCGGUUGGAUGCCUGCCGAAGGAGAUUACGGACUCUGAUGUCUACCGGCAACUGUUCGGCAACUCAGUCUUGGAGGUGCAGCUUGGAGUAGAUGGCGGCUACAUGACCAACGCACUUCACCAUGGUGGGGUGUUCGGCUUCAAGCUUGACUCAAAAGUUGGCGUUGUCAUUACUGAGGACCGUCAGCGCGAUGAUGGGUCUUGGGUUCAAGCGGCUUUGGUGCCGCGCGAUGCAUUCAGGCACGACGUCCCCGGAGAUCUUGUUGAUGGACACAGUCAUUGGUUGGUUGAUUCGGAGGCAGCAGUGUAUUUUCGGCCGAUGCGAGCAAAUGAUCCCACAUUUGCCGCGGGCUGCACUGAGUGCGGUGCCAAGUACAUCUUAGACUUGAAAGGACAGACAGUCAGAAACACCACGACUAAUGCCUGCAUGAUUGAUAUUCAGAGCAACACUUUUCAAGAGCUUUUCGAACGCACAUUCCGACGGAUCGCGCCGCAAGAUAGAGUUCAUGUUUAUGCUGGUGAUCCAGCCCCAAUGAUCUUUCUGCCCUCCCUGCGUUUGCGUUUCUAUGUUUGUCAGAAGGAUGGAGAUGCGCAGAUUCGAUGCCACGAGCUAGGAGGUACAGUAGCAGAGGAUCAAAGUCUCGGCACCCUGGUCGGUCUUGAGCAUGGCCUCGCUCUUGAAACGAAGCAUACGAAGUCGCUCCUAUUGCCGCAUGCUGCGGUGACACGCUGCUCCUCCGGGAGCCACUGUGAAGUGACACUGGAUCUUGCCAGCCUCGGUUCACCUCCCUUUUUCGUUUACUCAGUGCGACCCGAGUUGCAUGAGCUAUGUGGGCAAAAAGAUCGUCAAGCAUGGCUUUAUUUGGCGCUCCUGCAUGCGAAGACGUCCGGUGUCUUGCCGGAUCCCUUCACCGGCCGCACAGGAACUGCUACAGCCCUUCAGCUGUUGCGGUCCCCUCGAUGUCGUGGAAAUCUUCGCGACAGCUUGGAGGACAAGAUCGAGAUUGGCACGCCUGAGAAGACUCUGCAUGAAAUAGCUUUGCUUUCGCCCAAGCGUUCGAGAUAUCCUGCUCAUAUCUGCGUUAUGGAGCAAGUCGAUUUUGGUGGCAUGCCCGGUCUGUGCGCUCACGAAGGCUUCAGCUUCCUUGCUCACGAGGCUUUGCGUGAGGUGGCGGAACAGUCACGAGUCACCGGCGAGGCUGCAGAAGGAUUGCAUGAUGAGCAGGUCUUCGGGAAGCGAUGCGGUUUGCUUUCUCAAAGAGCGUAUCUGCGGAAUCGUGAGGAGUAUGGUUUUGCUCUCAGCUUAUCGUGUGAAGAAGAGCAGGCGCUGGAGAUACAGCAUCCUUUGACGACAAAGCAGUGGCAGGAGGAGGAUGGAGACCGCGAACCCGUUCGGAGAAUUGCGCUGGCAGCACGGAGUGGCACAUUCCCACAAGAUCUGCUUCUUCAGAGUUUCUUGUUGGCCUCAGCGAAAAUCGAUGGCGUCGUUGACAACAAUCUAGCGAUGGCUUCCGUGCCUGAAUGGGAGGAGUUUGGCAAGCACGGCGACAACAUGAGAGGUAGCUGGAUCGCAUUGUAUCAAGCUGCUAUCGCGCCUGAUAGCACGUCUCGCUUCGUGUUUUUCUUAACGUACCUGGCGGUGCAGUGGCCACAGCACGUGAAACAUCUCGAGCUAUUGGCCGGCAUUUCCUUCCAUGCAGACAAGUUUCGGGCCUUGCCACUGCCAUCACAUCGGGAGUAUGAGUGCCCAGACGAAUUUGAAUUCAGGCAAGACAGGGUGCAAGGCAUGAUUGAGGAGCUCCAGGAGCUUCCGGAGCCGCGGCCGCUUGAACUCAUGUCCUCCUCCGAGGAAAAGUUCAAGAAAGAGGUGACGGACUAUGAGCAACGUCUUGAAAGGUUCUUUCGCCAGCGCGAAGAAGAUCGCCAGCGGGUCAUCGAUGCGAGCCGAAGUAAGUGGGGCUCGGAAGGCAGUGUGACGCGAGAGGAGUGCAGCGGGCAGACGGUGAGGGACCCAGCCUGGCUGAUGCAGCGCAUCAACGCCUACUUGAUCCGAUGCCGUCAAGCCCGGGAGCUGCGCGAUUUCGUGAUAUCCGUUGAGGCCCAAGCCUCCCAAAUGGCCACGCCUGCACCUCUGUGUUGGGAUGUGUCCAUGCAUCGUAACAGGCCCGAGCUGUGCCUCUCUCCUCCAUUUGAGCUUUCAUCUCCAAGUCAGCUGGAGCUCGCACCCGACAACACGCUCGAUGCGAUUUGGUUCACGGGCAGAUUCCCCCAGCCUGUUACAUACGAACCCGAUGGUCAGGUCGGCCGCGGUCAAGAACUGCAGCUGGCUCCUGAUAAGGAGUAUGAAGCUAUCAACGAAAGCUUGGUGGUCCCUUUGAAAGAGAGUUGGGAGCUGGCGAAGACAAGGGUUGUUGACUUGCAGCCGCAGUUCCCAUCGGAUUUGAGGAAGCGGCUGUGCGAUUACCAAGUCCGAGCACGGCUGACGAGGAAAAUGGCUUGGCAUCAAAUUCGACAUGCCCUAGAUGGACGAGGCAGCUCGGACGUCCUGAUGCAGCGAAGUGGUCUGUAUGAUACCCCAGUGCCACUCACGGUGCUUCCCCGUCUCUUGGACAAGAAGGACGAUGCGCCAGCUCGGUCACUCCGAACAGCAAUUGGCACAUACGCAGUCUGUCUUCGAGCGGAGCAGCGCGCCAACCGCUGCUUGAGGCUUCAUGAUGCGGAUGGCAUGGGAGCAUGGUUGGCACGGGAACUUCAGCCCUCCAGCACUGGUAGUAGCAACUGGGAGCCCGAAGAGCAUCCAGAGUGGCUGCUCUUCGAGAUUGACAACGAUGUCUGCAUCCGCGAGGAGCAGGUGUUAGUUGCCCAGAAGAUGAUGUCAGGAGGCAGUGAGGCUGACAAUUGCUUGGUGCAGCUGAACAUGGGCGAAGGCAAGACAUCGGUGAUUGUCCCGCUACUCAUUGCAGCGCUUGCAGACAAGUGCAACCUGCUGUGCAUUACUGUCUUGUCGUCGCUGCGGCACAGCAACGCGGCUGACUGGCAGUUGAAGCUGGGAGGCUUGCUGGGGCAUCGAAUUUAUCCACUCUUCUGCCGGCGGGAUUUGAAGAUGGAGGCGGCCGAGGCCAGCGCCUUGUACAAGUUGUUAGACAACAUCCGGCUUCGUGGGCACGUUGUCGUUACAGUACCUGAGCAUCGGCUGUCCUUGGAAAACAAGGCCUUGGAACUGGCAAAGACGGGUAACCUGCUGGCCAGCCAGCAGCUGCAUGAUGUCCUGAGUCUGAUGAAGGAGCAUAAGAGGGAUGUCUUGGACGAGUCGGAUGAGAUCCUACAUCCGAAGAAUCAGCUCAUCUACACGUUGGGAAGUCAGCAAGACCUGGACGGUGAGCGAUUGCGAUGGCGUCUGGCCUCUGCCGUGCUUGCGCGAGUGGCCUGGAGGGCUGAAGAGCUGGCCCGCAUGUUUGGAAGCGAUGAAGUCGAAUAUGUUCCUGGAACGCCUGACUUUGAGUUCCCUUCCUUCCGCUUGCUCCAGUCAGCGGCAAGGCAGGCUGACCAGCGCAGUGCAUAUCACCAGUUGUGUGAGUGGAUUGUGGAAGACCUUAUCGCAGAAGACACGCACCUGCACUUGCAGCUUCGUGGAGCAGAGCUUGAAGCUUUCAAGGAGAGUGCUCUCAGCCCGGCAUCGACGGACAAGCCGUGGCUCAGACUAGAUCCAAGUCUGCAGCCAGUCGCUUACAUGUUGCGCGGUCUCCUUUGCCAUGACAUCCUGUUGCUCGCCCUUAGCAAGCGCUGGAGAGUCGAAUACGGUGUUCAUCCGGGAGGUAGGCGGCGCAUGGCCGUCCCCUACAGGGCAAAAGAUGUCGCCACUGAUCGAACGGAUUUCGGACAUCCCGAUGUGGCCAUCGUGCUCUCAGUCCUGACCUAUUACCGUGGAGGCUUGGAUGACAAGGCAAUGGAGGAGGUUUUCGAGAGGCUGCACCACAAGGGUGGAAGACGUGCCGAAGCCAUCUAUUCGGAAUGGACCAGCCAGAUGGGGGACAAGAUGCCAACGGGUCUUCGACGGUUGUCUGGAGUGAACCAGGACAGCCAGAAGACCAUGCAGGCUCUUUACUCUGUUUUGCGAAAACAUCGUGGAGUGAUCGACUUCUGGCUGGACGAGGUCGUUUUUCAAGUUGAAGCGAAGCAGUUUCCGCAGAAGCUCGUCGCUACAGCAUGGGACUUGUGCCCAAAAGGUCCGCUGACUACUGGCUUCUCUGGCACAGAUGAUGCUAAGCCCUUGCUGCCAACAACGAUUCAGCAGUCCAACCUUCCCGAGCUGGCCCACACGAAUGGGCUAGUGCUGCGCAACAUGCUGCGAGAGGAGAACGACUACUACACGGCCCUUGAGGCUGAUGAUGCCGGUCGUGAGAUCCUGCAGAGAAUGAUUAGCUCCGAGCAGACCUUCGAUGUGUUGCUCGACGCUGGGGCUCUGGUUACGGACAUGACCAAUCAACAGCUGGCUUCUGAGUGGCUUCAGAAAGAAAAGCGCCGCGGCAAGGAGGCAGCGAUUUUCUUCAGCAAUCAGAACACAGAGAUGGUAGUGGAUCGAAAUGGCCAGGUGCUGCCAUUAUCCUUGUCUCCGUAUGAGCGCUCUCUUGACAAGUGCUUGCUGUACUUGGAUGAUGUACACUGUAGGGGAUGUGACUUCAGCAUGCCUCCUGGCAGCAGAGCGGCUGUUACGCUGGGGCGUGGCAUGCAAAAGGACAAAUUCGUGCAAGCUUGCAUGCGAAUGCGCCUACUGGGCAAUGGCCAUUGCUUAUCUUUGCUGGCAUCUUACGAGGUGAACCUGCAGGUGAAGCAGUACCAGUGUAAACCCGAGCUGAAGGAUAUGCAUGUCCUUUGCUCGAUUUUGUCGUGGUGUGUCACGAACACUGCGAAAGUCAUCGCGGACAAGCUCCCUUACAUGGCCAGCCAAGGAGCAUCUCGUAUGCGGAAGGAGGCUGCCUAUGCUGGCAGCAGCGAUCUGACGAUCGUGGCAGAGGGCUGCUGCGAGGAUGAGGCGAGGCUCUUAAAGGAGAUGUACGGCCACGGACGCACAAAGCAGGCACUUCCUGACAUUGUGCGCAAGAUCCUCAACACCUCUCAGCAACCUGAGACGGGCGUCGGAGUCCGCCCAUGCCCGAUCAAAGCAGACAUUGAGGUUCGAGUUCGCCGUCUGGCCAGCGGGGUACAAAGACACCGGCAAGCCUCUUGGAUGAAGAACAGGAGCGGGAGCUGGAGGUGGAGCAGGAGGAAGAACAGCAAGUGGAGCGGCCCGGCAGUGCACGGCCCUGCAAGCCGGAGAUCUCGAAAGGCGUCGUGGAACUCGCGCAGCGUGGUUACACGUCCGAGCAAUUCUGUUCGAUCGACGAACUUCUAG